GUCCAAUCCGCUGAGACAAAUACUCAUUUAUAUGCAAGUGUCAUUAGAUUUCAACCAACAGGGUGUCAGGGGGCGUGGCCAUUCCCUCAGCCGGUCUAAUAGGUCUGUCUGCUUUUAGCUUACUCACAGUAGAAUGGCGGCCGCUGCUUGCGGUCCUCGGACUAAUUCAGCCAAACCACACAAAGAACAUCUGCGAAAAAGCCGAGAUUCCCGUCGCAGACAAGCAGCACUGUUGUUUCUCACCAAUAUAUCUUUGGACGGACGACCGGUUUAUAACCUAAGCAAUGGAAUCGUUGGCCCCAGGGAAGCCGAGAGUCGGUGUGUGGAUGUCGGCGCGUCAGCAGUGACGGGUCCCCCUUACUCGACAACAACCAGCAGCUACGGAACCUUCACCCAAGUGUCAUCCAUCAACGGGGGAGCAGCGACCCCUCUACCGAGGACUAACACUUACUCUGCUCCUCUGAGCCCUCCUCCAGUAUUUAAUCAAGGGGGGAGCUGCGACGUUUUCACGGAGGAUGGACGAACAGAUCCUUUGUCAGUCCAGGCACCCCCCCGUUCACCGACCUCUGGACCGCUGAAUCUGUUUUCAGCAUCCAGUAAAUCACCCAGCCAAUUCCCGGGAUCUAAUCCUGCUCCUGAUCCGCGCCAAAGGACACGUAACCUCUCUGGGUCUCCAGGGCCAAAGGUUUCCAAGAAGGUGCAUUUCAUCAAGAAUAUGAGACAGUAUGACACUCGAGGGAGCAGGGUUGUGCUGAUCUGUGCCAAGAGAUCACUGUGUGCUGCUUUCUCUGUAUUGCCCUAUGGAGAGAGCUAUCACAUCAGUGAGCCUAAACUAGAAGCCCAGAGACAGAGACACUCUUCUGGUGGGGGAGGUGAUAUGGUCCCUGGACUGGAGGGAGUGGAGGUGGACUUUGGAAAGACAGUAUCAUAUGCCCGUUUUCUGCUUCCAACUAAUGCCUUGGUCAGGCAGAAGAGCAGCGGCCCACCUGACAUCAGUGCAGCUCAGAUGCCAGUGUCUCGCAACCGUAUUAACGGGCAGAAGAACUUCACCCCUUCUCGGAUCACCAGCGCAGUUGGACAAGAUACUUGUGUGGACGAGCUAUCAGACUAUGACCCCAACUUACUCAGUGACCCCCAGUGGCCUUGUGGGAAGCACAAGCGAGUCUUAAUUUUUGCAUCUUAUGUGACUACGGUUAUUGAGUAUGUGAAACCGUCUGACUUGAAGAAAGACAUGAACGAGACAUUCAAGGAGAAGUUUCCUCACAUAAAGCUGACACUCAGCAAAAUCAGAAGUUUGAAAAGGGAGAUGCGCUCGGUGAGCGAAGAGUGUGGCCUACAGCCGGUUACAAUAGCAAUGGCUUAUGUUUACUUCGAGAAGCUGGUUCUGCAAGGGAGGCUGAACAAGCACAACCGAAAGCUGGUGUCUGCUGCUUGUGUUUUAUUAGCUGCCAAGAUCAGCAGCGACCUCAAGAAACAAGAAGUCAAGCAGCUGAUCGAUAGGUUGGAGGAGCGUUUCCGAAUAAAUUGCAAGGAGUUGAUUUCCCUGGAGUUCACGGUUCUGGUUGCCUUGGAGAUGGCACUCUACCUCCCAGACAGCAAGGUCAUGCCUCACUAUCGCAGGCUUGUGCAGCAGGGCUGAAAUGGAGAGGGUCCUUAAAGGGAUGGUUUAUCCAAAAAAUUUAAAUUCCGUCAUCAGUUACUCGCCCUGAUAUUGUUCAAAACCUGUAUGUCUUUCUUCUUUUCUUUGCAGAACACAAAAGAAAAUAUUUGUAAUAAUGUUGAUAACCAAACCUUUUUGGUUAGCUUUUGAAAUAUAUUUUGCGGUAUGUUUCACAAAACAAUGUAAGUCAUACAGGUUGGAACAACAUGAGGGUGAGAAUUGAUGACAGAAUUUUCAUUUUGGUGUGAACUUUCCCUUUAAGAGCUGCCUGUAGACCAUGGAGAUGACGCUCUUGUGUUAUGGCAGUUCGGAAAGGUUAUUUGUAUUAUUUAUUGAUUAAAUGGAUAAGUGGAAUUUUCUAUCAGCUAUAUACAGGUUUCAGCACUCCAUCUUUACUUGUUUAUGUCCUUCAUGGAACUGAUUUUAUAAAUCAAACACAUUUAUGGAGACGCUUUCUUUAAGCACUGAUCAUUUUAAUCCAUUUAUUCAUUUUAAUUUUUUAAUAC